UCGGGUCGGGUCCUUUUGGCCCCUUGAAACAUGAAAGCAUGAGGAUUGAGGAAUACACAGAUAGCUGCGUGGAAGCUAAUCGACGGUCGAAAAUAGUAGACACAAGAGAAAGGCUUGCACACAUGUCCAAUUGAGUGGGUCCAUAAUGCAACAGCAGUCGGUACUUAUCACACAUUGGAGUUCCUGAAUAUGAUUCUGAAUCAGAUGUUUUCCUCCACGUAAAUAAUGCAUGGUCCUGAAAAAAUACAUAAUUCCCUCUCAGCUCAACAGUGUCCUAACUCAUUCAGAGCCAAUUGAACAAAGAGAGCUAGAUUGACUACUUUCAGCAGCUCAAGGUUCAGUUCAAAAUUAAUAGGACAUAGAUGCUCCGGGUGGAUGUGUAUUGCUCUCUACUUUCUAGUCCCCGACGAGUCAAGUUGGUAGAUGUCGGCAGCACAAGUCUAGGAUCAUGGCAGAUACAGCAGCGUAGCGCUCAAAGACUCCCAAAGAGGAUAUCUGUCAAGGCUGUGAAAGAUGGGACGGGAGGGGAAACAAGCGGAUUCCGGGGCCAGAGUUGGGAGCCUGAGUCAGAAAUCGAGGUUCCUUUCGAACAAAGACCAGUGAAUGAGUACUCAUCUUUGAAGGAAGGCACUUUGUAUUCAUGGGGCGAUCUGGGACCAGGGCCGUUUUUCCUUCGCCUUGGAGGUUUAUGGUUGGUAACAUUCACAGUUUUAGGAGCGCCUAUAGCAGCUGCAAGCUUUAAUCCAGCAAGGGACCCUCUACGAUUUGUGCUAACAGCUGGAACUGGAACUCUUUUCCUUGUAUCAUUGAUCGUCUUGAGAAUUUAUCUGGGAUGGAGUUACGUUGGCGAUAGACUACUAUCAGCAGUCAUACCUUACGAAGAGACUGGAUGGUAUGAUGGACAAAUGUGGGUGAAACCACCUGAAGUCCUGGCUCGUGACAGACUUUUGGGCUCUUACAAGGUUAAACCAGUCAUCAAGUUGCUGAAACAGACUCUAGUCGGAACAGGGGUGUUGCUUGUUUCAGCAGUGAUGCUAUUCAUCUUUGCUACACCAGUGGAGGAUUUCAUUCAAACAACAUUUUCUACAAGAGAAAACUCAUCAAAUGUUUCCGUAUCAAAAAUGAGAAGAGAAGAGUUGCUUAAGUUGCCUGUGGACGUGAAAUCUGAUGAUGACCUAGCAGCAGCAGCUGCUGAGGCGGCAGACGGAAGACCAGUCUACUGCAGAGAUAGGUUUUAUCGUGCACUAGCAGGCGGACAGUACUGCAAGUCAGAUGAUCUACUGAUGAAGUGAUGGAUAAAACACCAAACCACAGUUAUUCUUAUGAAAUUUGAUAUUAUAAUUGGAGGUGAUGCUAGAGGCACAACAGCUGUUAUACAUCUGUUUUCAUAAUCCAAGCAGGACCUGCCCGGCAUCCCCACAUCAACUAAGGUACAUCCACUAGAAGCCCCAAUUACAAAGGGCUAUAUGGGACAUGAUGGAAUGCCAUCUUAGUCACCCAUCAAUUUGUAUCACAGUUUCUUGGACAAGUCUUUGAACAAAUAGCAUUUGUAUACAAUAAAAUGCAUGCUUUGUCAGUUGUAAAAGUUAAGCAGCACAAUGUAAAGGUCUUAUUACAUUCUUAUCCUACUAGAAAAUUAGACAU